ACAUAUAUUGUUUCCAUUUUAACUAACAUUUGUACAGAAAGUUCGUGUUUAGAGGUAUGUCUAAAUCCUGCUUGCAAUGGUUUGUGUGAGCAUUUGUAUAAGUGUAAUUGUAAUGACACGGUAGUCCUUUGUAAGCAUGUUCACAAGUUACAAUCAUUCCUUCUGAAAACUCAAGAAAAAGAUUUUGAAAAAGUAUCUGUGGCUGUUGAUAUAAAUGAUAAUCAAAUUAAGAAAAAAUCAAAAUUGUUAGUUAAUGAGGCUGAAAGAUUUCACAAAAAUAUUGAUGAACUAUGUUUGUUAGUGACUAAUCCCAUGAUAAUAAAUCUGCAUCUUCCAUCAAUGAACAGACAACUUGAAGACAUGAUCAGACAAGCUGAAGCUAUCAAAAAUAUAAGUUCAAUCGAGAUACCUCUUAAGCCAUUGUUGCACAAUAACCUUUUAAAUUUUGAGCCAAAUAAGAAGUUGGAUAAUCAAUGGAAGCCUAACAAGUUCAAGAAAACAAGAAAAGAAAAAAAGAAAAAAGAAGCAAAACUGUAUCAAUAUCCUGUGCAAAACCAAAAAGAGGAAAUAGUUUUGAAACUGUCUCAACAACAUAUUGACUUAAUUCAUAAUAAACAAGAUAGAGUAAUAUGCGAUGACAUAAAAACUAGUGACUUCAAUAAGACUCUCAUUACACAUGGCCCCCAUCAACUUUCUUUUAGUUCCCUUUUGACACUAGAAAACAUUAUACCAUCUGACAUUUUGCUAAAAUUACAAAACAGUUCUCCGCAUUUUCAGAAAGGCUGGCUUCAAGAUGAAGUUAUUGGAGGUUUUCUGCAUUGCUUAGAAAUGAAGUAUCCUUCAAUGAAAUAUUUAGGGCCAACUGAAGCAUUAGCUAUAAGCUAUUCAAAGAGUUUAAAACUUUUAUGGAAAGAUGUUGAUAUGAAGAUUAUAAAACAGGUCUUUAUUCCUUUUAAUCCAACUAAUUCUCAUUGGAUUUUAAUACAUCUAAAAGUAAAAACAGAAGAGGUUACUAUACUUGAUCCACUUCAUUGUAAUAAUAUGCCUAACAAUUCAUCAUACAAUAAAUGCAUUUUAGUUGCUAAAAACCUUUUUAAACAAAAAUUUAACAUUUUAAAUGCAAAAGUCAUUUCAGCCCCAAGUCAUUGUUUACAGAAGGAUAGUUAUAACUGUGGCGUUUAUGUAUGCUACUAUGCAUUACAACUUUGCGAAGAAAAAAAUCUUAAUGAUCCAUUUGAUGAAGUAGAUUUUCGAAAAUAUAUUUAUGAGACUUUAUGCGGUAGUUGCUUAAAGAACCUUGAAAGUGGUUUUGAAAGUUUGUACAAUAUUUGCAGGAGUUGUAAGAACACGUCUUUUAAAAAAAAAGAUUGGGUGCAAUGUACAAAGUGUCCUCAGUGGUAUCAUUGUGAGUGUGUCCACAUUUCAAUCAAAGAUGCAGAUGUCAGUGAAACUUUCCGAUGUCAAUGAUGCAGUUCUGUUAUGUUUAAAAAAUGGCUAUUUUCAUAGCCACAAAUCUUGUUCAAAACAUUAAUUGACACGAAUAAUUAGUUGAACAAAACUAGUUCCCUUUCAAUUCUAUUGUUUUUGUUUUAGAUAAGCAUGAAUAACUUUUGCAUGAAUAAUCUUUGAAAAUUUGUAUCGAUCAGUAGCAAGAGUGGAUGCAUAAGGUAUAACCGGUAUAGCUUUAAACAAGGAUAUCUGUUGGAUGGCUUUUUUAUGGGUCAUUGGCAGGGUUGGGGUCAAGAAUUCAUUUGUGUUUGUAUUUGGUAAAAAUGGGCAAAUUUGGCGUAUUUGUAUUCGUAUUGUACUUGAUAAAAAAAUUCUUAAAUAUUUGUAUCUGAUUAAAAUUUAUUUGCAGUUCCAUAAAGUAGGUUAACCCGUGUUUUGUUGGCAAAUACUAAGAGUAUCUUCAGGUUUGUACGAUUGGUGGUUAAGAAGAAAAAAAUGAUUUAACCAAAGUUAUCUCAUUCAGUUUCUCGACUUUUCGUAGAUUACAAUCUACGUUCUGUUUUGGAUGAAAGAAAGAUUUUUCUGUAAAAUUCUUAAAAAUGUUUUAGUUUGAAUAAUUUAUGUAUAUUUGUACUUAACGGUUUUCCACCUUAAAAUUGUUACGUUAAUAAAUAUAUUGUUUACUUACUAAUAAA